UUCCCUCUGAUGUCCCAUCUUGACUGGCACGAUCUUCCACUCGAAAUAUGGCUCGUCGAUAUCCUCCCUCGACUCCAUUCUGAACAGCUAUCACGGCUCGGCUCGACUUGCAAGUCGUUGCUCUCAAUUACCAGACCUUUACUAUACUGCACCGUCACCCUCAGUGCUGAGCGAUAUGGCCAGCCUAAUGUUGCCCUCGAGUCCGUUCUCAGUCUCUUGGAACGAGAUCGUCACUUGGCUAGUUUUGUUGAGGCACUGACGCUCGAUGCAAGAGCAAGUGCCGUCGAACGCUAUUCGCAGAACUACAACCUCAUUCACCCGCCGUCUUUUCGGAAUAUGACACGCCUCAAAAGGCUCACGAUACGGGGCGACAUUUCGCGCUCUGCUGGCAGGAAGGAUGUUCAUACUUUCCUCCAGCUGAUCCAAGAACGAAAUCUGGACCAAUUGGCUUUUCCUACCCCAGAGAUUCGGUCAUUUCUACUUCCUUUGCACCACAGCGACGACCAACCAGAGAAAUUGAGCAACUCAAAGCGACUUGUGUUUAGUCUGACAUUUGAUUACCAUAAUCAUUUGGGUCCCGUUAUUCAGCGCAUAUUGGGCGCUGCACAACCGAUAUUAACCUCAAUAUCCCUCCACGCACCAGAAUCUAUACUGAACCUCUUCUUCGACCUUCGCUUUCCCCAUUUGCAAGCUCUCGAACUCGCCGUUCUUACAAGGCUGAAUCCGACAACGCCAGCAGGAUUCUACCAAUUUCUUGUUCACCAUGCGGCGCAGCUGGAAGAACUAUCGCUUAUACCGGUGGGCUUCGCCCGUGGACGACAAUAUACAGGGAUCUCUUUUGAACCAUCAAAUGGUUCACAAUCUAAGUUGGCACAGGACUUCCUGCCGCGACUUCGCGUGCUCAAAGCAGCCUUCCGCACCGUAGAAGCACUUGCAAGAGCACGCAUUGACAGCUUCCAGCGCCUUGAGAAAUUGGUCAUCGCCGCCCCCAACGACGACGAGGCUGCCACCGCUGCGGACAUUCGUCACAUGUUUGAUUCAUUUCAUGGUCCACUUCCGGCUCUAGUGGACAUAGGCUUCCAUUCACAACUCCUCGCGUGGCUGUCGAUAGAAGAACGGCUAGCAUUCGUGCCUGAAAUCAUCGAGAGUGUUUCUCGCAUCGCAGGAUUUACCUUGGAAAAAUGGUCUGGUGUGGUUUAUUUCCCAAAUACCGACCAAUUCACUAGCAAGGCCUUUUCUCGACUGCGCUGUAUCGUCUUCCCACCCGUCGAUCUUCAAGUUAAUGCCCUGUCAAUCACCGAUUUCAGCUCAGUUUUUUGGACUUGUGAGACGCUGGAGGAGAUUAGGAUACGCAAUAAGCAUCCCAACUCAAUGGAUGAGGUCUGGACUGUCAAUAGACGCGCAAGGGAGUUGAUAUGUGUUGGUUCAGAAGAGGCGAGUGGCAGUGCAAACAUUGCGUGGUAG